GGGCUUGCUUGGGAUGGAGAGUGAACCUGGCAAGGCUCUGAGGCUCCUCUCCAAGCCCACUGCAGAUUUAGGACUAUGUAUGGUUUGCCUUUUAAAAACAUCCUCUGUGCAUUUAACUUGGUGCUUAGCUAUUCCCAAAGUCAGGAUCGUGUAACCAAUAAGGUUAGCCAUAUGCUGGGCAGAAGGCAUCCAAAUUUGCCAUCAGGAGUAAAUGGUUGACACUUAGUGGUUGAUCACUAUCAAGCCAUUUGUAAGCAUUAAGACUCUGUGAAACUCGCUUCUGCCGUACAAGGAGUUCCAUGGUUCUCCCCUGUUGCCUGAACUCUGGGAAGGAAAACUCCUCCUUUGUCUCUUGUUUGGGAAUGAGAGCUUGAAUCACAGUUGUUCUUAAUGGCAGUGGUUCACAGGAGCCACGUUAUCCUUUAAAAUAACUGUUGUUAGUUCUGUGGUGCUCCAGAUACCAUGCAGCUGUGUUUCCAGGUCUUUCUACAAUAUAGGUGUUAAUUGCACAUGUUUUUACUGAUAUAUGUUGAACAUAUCUAUGUACACAUAUGUAUACAUUUGUAUAUCAUUUGCAGUGCCUAAGACAUUGGACUGCUGUUUUCUCAUUCCUGGUUGCUCUGAACUGUAAUGAUUUUACAAAACCUAAUCCAGGUAAUCGCAGGCUUUGUCCAUUCUUUGUUCAGUGAGCAGGAUGGACUGUCCUCAGGAAAGGAAAAGAAUGAGAGUCUGUUUUAUUCUAAAACUUAAAUGAAUGAAAGUGAUAGUAUAGCAGAAAGAAAGUUGGUUUAAAAUUAGGCAGUGAGUACUGGAUAGGAGAAACAGCUGUAAUGCAGAUUUCUUUAAUGAUGAUGCUGAGCAAGUCUAAAGCCAGAUUUUUGGUGGAUGAUUACUUAUGAUAUUUCUUUGUAAACUGGAUGAGUGCUGAAUAAAAAAUUAAAAUGUAUUUUUUCCUUUUGAUUUUUCACCUACUCAUCUGUGAUUUCAUAGAAGUCUUACUUUUCUUCCUAUCUGUAGAGAGGGAGAAUGCUGCAUAGGAAAAUGUAAGUGUAGUCAGUGCUAUAUCAGGUGUGUGUGUGUAACUGAUUUACUUGGAGCUGCGUUCUGAGGCAGUGCUUCCUAAAAGGAGCUCUGGGGAAGUGCCUCAGGCGGCAGAGCUUGUAUUUUAUCAGCUGGAGGCUGCUGGUUGGGUAGCCGCUCAGGAGGAGCAGAUGUAGUUGCCUGAUUCUUCGAGCACCACCUAGCCUCCAGACAGGGUGCCUACAAGAGACAAGCGAUCAGUCACGCAAUUAGCGUGGCCCUACUCAGCACAGGGACGGGAUCAUGGCUGCACGCGCUGCCCGGUGUCGUGCUGCUCUCUUGGCGAGCUUCUGAAAACUCUAACUGUAAAUUUUGUUUCCGUUUCUGGUGUUUUACACGCUGUGUGCGCUGGGUGGCUAUUUUGAGAAGGAAAAAGAAAUAGGCAGUGUUGAUGUUUUGAGGUCAAUACCUUUUUACUUAAAAUGGUGUAGCUGGAAAGCCAAAAUGGUUGAUGAGCUUUGAGGUUACAGUCAGAGAUGAGUUGACUGUCUCCCUUCAGUCUUAGAGGUGUGAUUAUGUAUAAAUAUAUAUCUAUUUUUUGUAGAUGUGAUGUGAAAGUGUAGUCUCUUCUCUUAGUAUAAAUGGAUUGAAGUUGCAGCUGAUCACCGUGUUAGGAAAGAAAGGAAAGGAAUAGAUUGCUAACAAUGAGAAAGACUCAAGGCUUCCUUCCUGAUCAGCAUGUUGCUCGCCGUGCGGCACAGCUGGGCUGUGGCAUGCAGGCUGGGCCUGGGUGCUGCGAGCUGCGGUUACCCCCACCCCACAGAGCUGGGCGUCUGCUCCCAAGAGGCCUGGGAGAUCAGACAGGCAGGGGCAGCGGUGGGAGCUGCGGAAGUAAGGCGAUUAGGAAGUUGGGGGAAUUAACAACUGCAGCGUGCUCCUACUGCUGCAGGUACGACUUUCAGAUACCAAAUGACUGGCAUUGUCACUGAGGAAAAUAAGCUGCAUUUUUUCAUGAAGUUGUUUUGUUUUUUUUUACUCUAUAGAUAACUUCUGGACAAAUCUAUUUGGGAAAAAAAGGUAUACAACUUGUUUGUUCCUUCAUGGUUUACUUUUUCCAAGUGAGAGAAGCAGAAAAACCCGGUGGGUGGGGGGCACUGCUCUCCUUCCUGCUUCCUUGGUAGGUGACCUCUGCUUUUAACUUCCUAUUCACUCUUUCCUUAGAUAGCAGAAGCUGCUGUUUGUUUUUGAUAUGUACAAAAGGCCUGUGCCAUUUUAAAUUCUUGCACAACAGCCAUUUCGUGGGCUCAGGCGUAUAGGGCUCCUGGUUUGUUUCCUUGUAACUGAGUGCAGCAAAUGAAAUUGGCCAUACUUUCUGGUGUUUCUUUAGGUGGAUGUUUCUUCUUUGUGAUUGCUCUGGGCUUUUAGUGCUUUUCAGCACAGAAGUAGAGAGGGAUGGAAAGGGGAGCUUUUGUAAGGGUGUGAUGCACUUUUUUAGAGUAGCACAAAACUCGUGUUACCCUGUGAUCUGUUAGUCAGUGUUGCCAAGAAGUGACCCAUAAACUUCAGGCAUGCUUCUCCCUACUUGCUGCCUGUUUCCCAGAGGGGACAGGGAGCAUGUGUUUUUGCAGUGAAUAAAGCUGAAAAAGGCAAAUUCUGCUUCUCUCUUUCUGUCUGCAUGCCUUUUAUAGAGCUGUCUGGAAGCAGCAGUAAUUGCUGCAGAUUCCUCUGCAGAGAUGAAAAGGGUAGAGAUAGGCAGGCAGCGUGUCACCUGCAUGUGUUUGGCCUAGGCAUUGUUAUUUUUUCUCUCGUCUGACAUCAUGUUGUGUUGAAGGCAGAUGUGUGCUACCUAGGAAUACAGUCUUCUAGUGUUUCUGUCACAGGUGUCUUACUGUAACUUUGGCCAAGACCUUUGUUGCUUUCUGUAAAAUGCAAAUAGGCUUUCCCUUUUUGAGGAACUGUGUGCAUAAACUUAGUUUAUAUAUCAUAUAUUUGUUUACUGACAUACUAUACAAUGCAAUGCAGUAACACUGCUUUAUUCUUCAGGGCACUAAGUGGACCUUUUUAUUUCUACUUGAUUCAUUACACAUGUCUAGAAUACCUAAAAACAAACAAAUGAAAAAACUCGAGCACCACAAACCUCGACUAGCACUGUCAGAGUCUUUCUAUUAACUUGAUAGAAUACAGUCAUAGAUACAGUGUAUUUAAUGCAGCUUUUCCUUAACCAAAAUGUUGUUGUCAAGGAAAGUUACUGCUCUUGACCUUACAGUUAUGAUGUGUGUCUAGGUUUCAGGCAGCUUUCUCCUGAAAAUGGAAGAAAUGAUGGUUUAAGGCUUAAUAGACUUUAGAUAGCAUUACAGUCAUGUAGUCACUGGUUAUAGUGAUCAGAGAUGACAAGAAACAUCAGGAGGAUAUACUGAUUGGCUACCCAGUUGCUGUCAAUCCUAGAAGUGGUCUUAAAGGAAACUUUAUUAAAAACACUUUAAAUGAGUACUUGGUUCUUCUGAUUAUUCUGUCACUAAAGGAGAUGUUCAGAUCAGAUGGUGUAAUUAAAAAGAUUUUAUUGAAGAUAUGUGUCUUUAUUGGUAUUUGACCAUUGUUCUAAAUGGACUAAAUGCUUAAGUAGUGGUAUAGUUAGCAAGAAUAGAUGGUCACUUAUCAUGCUCUCAAGUAUGGCUUUCUUCAGAUGUUUGCAAUGGAGAGUUACCAGGGAAGAGUGUUAACAAACCUACUUGUUUCAUUGAUACACACAGGCUCUGCCAGUUCAUCAUUAAAUUCUGUAAAUUGAUGGUGUUGGAAAGCCAUGGAAAUCUUUCUACCAAAUCAAAACCUACUCUUUGAUCACUUUUGGUAAUUGAGAAUAAUCCAAAGAACAAUUGCAGAUGAGUAAUCUAGGUUUAAAAAAACGUGGCAAAAUUUAUUACUCAUAAUCAAAUAAUAGGUUUUAAAGGAAUGAAUAUCAUUUCCUUUGAAGAAUGUGCUCAGAAUAUCACCAGUCUAGUUUGCAAAUGUACAGAGUUCUUUGUCAAACUCUUUCUGCAUACAGCUUUGUAGUCCACAACUCAGGAAAUCUGUUUUUAGCAAAAGCUUUAUUAUUUAAGCUUUUAAUUUUGUGAGUUCAGAGUUAAGUUUUUGUAAGUAGGAUAUGGUCAAAAGGGUUAUUAUUCACUGUUAAUACUUCUCCUGCGGAGUAUGUUCUGUUGUGGCUGUUUUGAUUGAUAGAAGAGGACCUUGGUGGGAAAAGACCCUGCAAUUCUAGAUUUCAGCAUGGGAAGUGUGCUCAGCUCUUCCCUAGCUCAGUGUUGUUUUUGAGUUUACUGGGCAUGGGGAGGGAUCUUGGAUGUGGGGGAUUCUUUGUCCAAGUGAACUGUUCUGCAGUUUGGGCAUGGCAGGUAUUUCUGUUGCGGGGUGCCCAUUCCCUUGACCUGAUCUGUUGAACUUGGUUUUUCUCUAGUUAAGGAGCGUGGAGGAAAGGAGAAGAUACAGUGGUACCAAUUUUCAAAAUAUAGCCUCGUUAUUGCUGUUGCGGGGUGCUCAUUCCAAGGAGCAAUGGAUGAGCUUCAUAGCCUGGACCCAAGAAGACAAGAAUUGUUAGAGGCAAGAUUUACAGGAGUAGUAAGUGGCAGCACUGGGAGUACUGGAAGUUGCAGUGUUGGAGCUAAAGCCUCAACAAAUAAUGAAAGUUCGAACCACAGUUUUGGAAGCUUGGGAUCUUUAAGUGAUAAAGAAUCAGAGACUCCAGAGAAGAAACAGUCAGAACCUUCCAGAGGAAGAAAAAGAAAGGCAGAUACUCAGAGUGAAAGCAGCCAAGGAAAGAGUAUCGGGGGACGUGGCCACAAGAUUAGUGACUAUUUUGAGUACCAAGGUGGCAACGGCUCUAGUCCAGUUCGAGGUGUACCUCCUGCAAUCCGAUCUCCUCAGAAUUCACAUUCCGCCCCUUCUUCUGUUCGACAGAAUAGUCCUUCUCCUACUUCAUUAGCUUUUGGGGACCACCCUACCACGCAACCAAAGCAGUUAUCUUUUAAAAUUACUCAGACUGAUCUCACAAUGCUGAAAUUAGCUGCACUAGAAAGUAAUAAAAAUCAAGACUUGGAAAAGAAAGAAGGUCGUAUAGAUGACUUACUCAGGGCUAACUGUGAUCUUAGAAGACAAAUAGAUGAACAACAAAAGCUACUUGAAAAAUAUAAGGAAAGAUUAAACAAAUGUAUUUCAAUGAGCAAGAAGCUUCUAAUUGAAAAGAGCACACAAGAAAAGCUGGCAAGCAGAGAGAAGAGCAUGCAAGACAGAUUACGCCUGGGGCAUUUUACAACAGUUCGUCAUGGUGCUUCAUUUACUGAACAGUGGACAGAUGGCUUUGCAUUUCAGAAUCUUGUAAAGCAGCAAGAAUGGGUGAAUCAACAAAGGGAAGACAUUGAAAGGCAAAGAAAGCUCCUGGCCAAGCGAAAGCCACCAACUACAAAUAAUUCUCAGGCACCAUCUGCCAAUUCUGAACCCAAGCAGAGGAAAAAUAAAGCUGUGAAUGGGGCAGAAAACGAUCCCUUUGUUAGACCCAAUUUGCCACAGCUUUUGACUCUAGCAGAGUAUCAUGAACAGGAAGAAAUUUUCAAACUUCGAUUAGGACAUCUCAAGAAGGAGGAAGCUGAAAUACAAGCAGAACUUGAACGUUUGGAAAGAGUUAGGAAUCUUCACAUCAGAGAGCUGAAAAGAAUUAAUAAUGAAGAUAAUUCACAGUUUAAAGAUCACCCCACAUUGAAUGAACGGUAUUUGUUACUCCAUUUACUUGGCCGAGGUGGCUUCAGUGAAGUAUACAAGGCUUUUGAUCUUUAUGAACAAAGAUAUGCUGCUGUGAAGAUUCACCAGCUUAACAAAAGCUGGAGGGAUGAAAAGAAAGAAAACUACCACAAACAUGCCUGCAGAGAGUAUAGAAUACACAAAGAACUGGAUCACCCCCGGAUAGUUAAAUUAUAUGACUACUUCUCCUUGGAUACAGAUACGUUUUGCACGGUGUUAGAAUACUGUGAAGGCAAUGACUUGGAUUUCUAUCUCAAGCAACAUAAAUUGAUGUCAGAGAAGGAAGCUAGGUCCAUUGUAAUGCAAAUAGUAAAUGCACUACGGUAUCUCAAUGAGAUCAAGCCCCCUAUUAUACACUAUGAUCUUAAACCAGGUAAUAUUCUUCUUGUAGAUGGAACAGCAUGUGGAGAAAUAAAAAUUACUGAUUUUGGAUUGUCCAAAAUAAUGGAUGAUGAUAGCUAUGGUGUGGAUGGAAUGGAUUUAACUUCGCAAGGAGCAGGAACUUACUGGUACUUGCCUCCAGAGUGUUUUGUAGUUGGCAAAGAGCCACCAAAGAUUUCUAAUAAGGUUGAUGUAUGGUCAGUUGGAGUAAUCUUUUUCCAGUGUCUUUAUGGUCGAAAGCCAUUUGGCCACAAUCAAUCUCAGCAAGAUAUCUUACAAGAAAAUACAAUAUUAAAAGCCACAGAAGUCCAGUUCCCUGUUAAGCCUGUUGUUAGCAAUGAAGCCAAGGCCUUUAUCAGACGCUGCUUAGCAUACCGAAAAGAGGAUAGAUUUGAUGUCCAUCAACUGGCUAAUGAUCCUUACCUUCUCCCCCAUAUGAGGAGAUCAAAUUCUUCAGGAAACUUACAUAUGACUGGGCUAGCAGCAUCCCCUACACCACCUACUUCAAGCAUUAUUUCAUACUGAAAUUUCUCCAACUGAGGAAUGGCAUGAUAUCUUGGUGUAGUUUCCAAAUGCAUACUUGAGCUUGAGAACAUAUGGGUGUUUUUCUGCAGGACAAGUUUGAUAACUGUGUUUUCAGGCUGAAGUCCUCCUACAUAGUGUUGUUUGUAUGAUUGGAAUGGGUCAUGGACUGUGAAUAAAUAUACCCUUCAGAGAACAGCCUUUAAAUGUUGAAGGAUGACAUUGCCUGUUGCACACUAACAGGUAUACUGUGUUUGAGACUGAAGAAAAGGUUUUUAGUUUUUUUCUGGGGAACAUUGUAAAUAAUCUUUUUAAUACUUAAAGUACAUUUGGUUGAUACUGGAAAGUUCUAACAUGAAGGGUAGUUUUUCAUUAUUUAAAAUUUUUUUAAAAGGUAGUCAGCAAAUUUGAGAACAAGAAAAAUUCCAUGUCUGGUUAAUAAACUAAAUGAAUUGCUGUGUUUCCAAGACAUUGAUCUUCUGAAACCAAAGUGAGAAAUGCAAGACAGUCAAAGCUGUGUUCUACAUCAGAUUCCUCAAUGAAAUUACAGUAUUUUAUUUGGCACUCAGGCUUGUACCUCCAAACGUGUUCUUUCACAGAAUUUAGGUUGAUAGGGAACUCCUGGUACUUACUUCUCAAAUAGGUUGCUAAUUUUGAAAUAAGCUUAGUUUUCUAAAUAUACUGUACUUGCUGUGGUAUUGAAACUUGUGAAAAUUUCCAGGCCUCUGAUAAAAGCAGACAACAGUAUGAAACCAAAUGCAAACAGGUCAUGUAUAAUAUUCUAUGCAGGAAUAAUGAUAAAUUCCCUUCUAGCUCUAUUGUAAAUUGUUGUACAGAUGUCACAUUUUCAUUAAAUUCAGCAACUUAUUCCUGUACAAAUGUUUAAAGUAUGGCUUUUUCUAAUUGGAUAUUGUAUUUUUUUUAAGUCUCCCUCAAGGCGCUUUUAAUUGCUGCUAAACAACGUUGCUUUUACUUCAGCAAAAGAAUCAGAUGACCUCCUUAAGGUGCAAGUAAACUGUACAUUAUAGAGAGACUGAGUAGGAAACUCAUUAACAAUCAAGGCAUGUAAAACCGAGCUGUGUUGGCCGUAUGCAGUACAGUUCUGUAAGUCAAUUAAUUGCACUCUCAACCUGUAGAGUGCAUCAGUACUAGAUGUAGAAGUUGCUCAUGGCUAUUCUCUAUUUCUGGAAGUUCCUAUCAGCAAGGAAAUGUUUCUUGUGGCUUGUACAGGUAUUUUAAAAUGUGAAACAUUUUCUAAUUGCCUUGUAUGGUAGAAACUUAUUUUUCAAAACAGCGUAUCUCUCUGCAGUUUCACUAUUCUUUUUAUUGUCCCAUUCUGGAUGCUGAAUACUAUCUGUAAUUUUGUCCAUGUUUCAGAAAAAGGAGGCUGUUAUUACCACAGGUUUUCAUUUAGUAUUGUACAGUUAAACUGUUGCUCUUGUUUCUGAUGUUGCAAGCCAUUUUGUUUUCAUUGUAUAUAGAGAAACAUUAACUGUCUCUUUAAGAUGCUGCUGAAAUUGUAGAGAAUGUAGCCAAAACAGUAAUAAACAAUGACAGUUGAAAUUUCAA